AUGGCGGAAGACUAUCCCACCAGCGAGCUCUGGGUCGGAUCUCUAUUGGAGCAGACCACCGCGGAUGAUGUGCGAGCCGUGUUCAGCAGGUACGGCACCGUCCACUUCUGCCACAUGGGCCACCACCCCAACCCCAGCCUGCCGGUGGCCUAUGCCAAGGUGACGAUGGGCUCGGUGGCGGAGGCAGCCGCCGUGGCGGCCGCUCUGCACAACGUCGCCGUGCCACAGCUGAGCGGCGGCCAGGAGCUCAAGGUCCAUUUCGCGCGCGUGGCGGCAGCGGCCGUGCCGCAGUCCCCCCGCUCGCCACUGUCGCCGCGCGGCCGGCUGCCGCCCGACUCGCACUGCAUCACCGCCGGCGCCGGCGCCGGCGCCAACGGCAAGCCGGCGGCGCGCCCCAGCAAUAGCUCCGGCCCGAGCCUGGGCCCCCCCGCGGGUCCGCAGCGCUGCGGCAGCUGCGGCAAGGCCGAGAGCGCCGUACUGGCGCUGCGCCGCUGCAGCGCCUGCAAAUGCGUCGCCUACUGCUGCACCCCCUGCCAGCAUGCCGACUGGCAGGCGCGGCACUCGGGCGAGUGCGCUGCGCUGCAGCAGCUGGGCGGCCUGCUGGCAGGCAACGGUAGCGUGGCUGGCAUGCUGCAGGCGGCGAUGGCGCGGCCGCGGUCCGGCCUGGGCCGCGCCGUGCAGGCGCUGCUGGCUGCCAGGCUGGCAGCCCUGGAAGAGCAGCAGCAGCAGCAGGAGGGGGUGCAGCAGCCAGCACAGCAGGCAGAGCAGGUGCAGGGGGGCGAGGCAGAGCAGGAGGAGGAGGCGGUGGCAGCAGGGGAGGUGCAGGAGCCGCAGGCGGCGCACAGCGAAGAGGGCCGGGGCGCGAGGCAGCCAGAGGCGCAGCCGGAGGCAGCAGAGGUGCAGCAGCCGCAGGCGGCGGAGCCGGCAGGCGCGCCGCUGCGCCCGGCGGCAGGCAGGGAAGCCCAGGCAGCAGAGGGGGAUGGCCAGGCAGCCAGGCAGCUGGUGGCGGCAGCCUUCUCAGCUGCGCUGGCGCGGCAGGCGCCGGCACCACUGCGCGGCGCUUCGGCAGCAGGAGGGGGGCAGGAGGCGGCAGUGGGUGAUGCCCAGGCAGCCAGGCAGCUGAUGGAGGCGGCGAUUCAGGCGGUGGUGGGCGCCGAGCAGGCAGAGGCAGAGGCGCGCCUGGCGGCAGCGCUGGCAGAGGCCCGUCUGCGUGCGGUGGCCGGUGGCGCCGCACCCCCCGCCAGGGCGGCGCUCGCUGGGGCCGUGACAGGCCUGAAGCAGGGCUGCCCCCUCAGCCCCACCCUCUUUGGGCUCUACAUCGACGACCAAAAGGAGGAGCUGAUGGCGGCGGCGCGGCGUGGCGAGCGGCUGGACCUCCCCAGCUUCCGUGGUGCCGCCGCUGCUGUACGCUGA